AAGCCCAACUGCAUUUCACACGGCUGAUCAGAAUUAAAUAAUAUCAAUAAAAUCAAUAAAAUAGAGAAAAUGUGCGCCCUAAGACAAGCGUACAAAAUCAGCGUAGGCGUAGCAAGGCGCACACUAUAUACAAGAAGUCGAACAAUACAAACCGAUGCCUUAAAGCAUCCAAAUUUCCAGUUGCAAGUGCAACAAUUUACAACCAAAACACAAACAGCUGUUUUAAGGAACAACAACAACUACACGUGCAUUUGCCGCAGCCUACACUGCACCAAACCGGUGGAAGAUGCGGACAAGACGGUGGCCACCAAUAGCGUUCCCCUGGCGAAACUGGAGUCCAAGAUGCAGCUGAUCUACACCUGCAAGGUGUGCCAGACGCGGAACAUGAAGACCAUUUCGAAGGUGGCCUACCAGCGCGGCGUCGUCAUCGUGACCUGCGAGGGCUGCUCCAAUCACCACCUGAUCGCCGACAAUCUCAACUGGUUCACGGACCUGGAGGGCAAGCGCAACAUCGAGGAGAUCCUGGCGGAGAAGGGCGAGAAGGUGGUCCGCCUGACCGAUGGCAACUGCGAGUUUUUGCCCAAAAACGAUUAAAAGCUUGGGGCGGAUUAACUGAA